AUGUCUGCUGAGCAGUUCACUCAUAUCGAGCAAGACAAGCAUCCAAACCCUGGUGGAAACGAGCUCCCCACCUAUGAUGAUCUCGCUAACCAGAACGGUCCUAACUCAAGAUUCGGGAGAUGGAGAGGGUGGAUUGAGAAGAGAGCAGCAGAACGGUACGCGGACAUCACUCCGGAGGAUCGCGCUCGCCGGAGACACCGCGGUUGGGGCAACAAUGAAGAGGACGCGAACAAUAUCCCAUCGAUAGUCAGCCAACCUCCGACCCCAAGCCCGUUUGGCGAGCCUCUGCACGUCCAAACAAACAGACUGAGCGUCAAUGACUCUCCACCCGGUUCAUGGGACGAUAGCGACCCUUUAUCCGCCCCGCUUCCAUUUGUUAGCCAAACCAUUGAACCCAGUCACCUCAAGAUCAAUCACUUUGGCUCUCGUUUCUUGCCUCACACAACUUCACGAAUACGUUGUGUGCUCCCUUUACUGGGAGAUCGCAUGCUACUGGUGGGCCACGAUGAAGGCCUAUCUGUCCUUGAUAUAUUCCCGCAGCAAUGGACGGAGGACGGCGAUGUUCUUACGAAAGGUCCUGACGAAGCGCAUUGUUGGCCAAUCUGGCGAGGCGAAUGUGUUUAUCAAAUGUCUGUUCUGGAAGUCGAAGAGAAUGGCACUGGAACCCCUCAAGGCGUUGUCCUGGCCAUUGUAGGCCCUUCGCCGGAGUCCCCGACUAUCGGCAAGGAUCCGGAAAUUCUACGUACACCUCGCAUGUAUAACCUCGGAAGCCUCAUUAGCCUUGCUCGAUGGACUAUCGCGCAAAAGGGUGCACGUCCACUCGACCUUCACAAAAUGUCGACGUGGCAACAACCUAACACACCCUCGAAGAAGCAUCGGCAGCAGGGUAGCAUCGCACGCAGUAUCAAGUCCUUCAUCGACCAACCUCAUGCCGGUGCUUCGGAGCCUACGUCCUCUUACCAAUCGUUCUUGUCUCCAACCUCGACUGUCGGCUCCAACUUCGGUAGAAGCCCGCCUAGUUCAAUACACGGGGAAGCGCCGCCAAGGCAGAAUUCCGACGAAUCUGGUUGGGAUAUGGUUGACGACCUGCCAUUACGAUGGGCGACGGACUUUGUCCCGCUUGCUGCGCCGGGCUCACGGCUAGCAGGUGCUCCCGUGGUAUGCUUUGCUACCUGGAGUGACGAGACCCGAAGAGGUAAAGGAACUGGCGGACAACUGCUCGCUAUUGCUACGAAAACGAAUAUUUUGCUCUACGAGACACCAAAGGGUGAAAGAGCAUACAGAUUCGUCAAGGAAUUCUACACGCCUCUACAAACCCGCAACCUUGCAUUUAUCCAGCAGUCUGUCAACGAUGCCACGCGCACCUCGGUGGAAAGCGGUCCAGGUCGUUUGCACUCGCAUAAACGGUCCGAUAGUGGAGGUACAUUGAAAGGGUUGAUCAGCAGCGCCUCAUCAUCCACACCUCUCCAGUAUGGGACACACCUCAGCCUAUUCGUCGUAUUCGACAAGAAGGCCGGGAUUAUUCGCCUAGCCGACUCGGCCGUGGGCGAAGUUGAGCUUGGAGAGGACGGCGGGCCUAUGUUACCCACCCAUGCAAGUGGAAGUAACAGCGGCGGGACUAGCGGUAUGUUACACGCACGCGACACCUUCUCGUCAACCGUCAGCAGCGCGAGUCUACGUACACGUGCUCGCCUGUCGUUCGACAUUCGCGAGAGCGCUGCACGUUGGAUCGCGCCUGUACGCUGCGAGCUACCUGUGCACGGCCACCCGGGGCUCACACAACCCGUGCACAUCAUCACAAGGGGCAAGCGCACGCACGUCGUCGCCUGUCCUCUGCCGCAGCGGUCAGGAAGCACUUCACCAUUGCAUGCUGUGUUCUGGAAGGCAUGCCCACGGCAUGUCUCUGCAAGAGUCAUAUACACCGACUCGGGCACCGUGGAUCCGUGCAACCCGCACACAGACCCUCCACUUCUUCAGUUUGUCGCGUUCACAGAGAACGGACUAGAGGUGCACGAGACGGGUCUAUCUUUUAUCCACGGCGGUUCGAAGGGCAAAGGGCGGGCGAUGCCAGCAGACGAGACAAUUUGGACGGAGGAGGACCUCGGUGGCGAGGUGGGUUUCCUAUCGUCAGGAGGCAACUGGGAUCGCCUAGACCAGAUAUACACGAUGCUGGGUGUUGGAGGCCCAGGUGCUGGUCUUGGAAGUGGGUUUCCGAGCGCGACGUCUGUGCUUUCGUUCGAUAGCAUGGACUCAAUGGAUAUUCUGUCACUUAUGAAGAAGGAAGAAGGGAUGUAUGGGUGGUGUCGCAAGGGCCUGGAGGAUUGGCGCAUCUUCUGGGUCGGGGGCAACCAGUCGAAGAGGGGAGGCGAGCCGGAGAAGGAAGAUUAUUGA